AUGGCGGCGUUGCAGAGGGGCCGCUGCGUCCUGCAGACGGCCUCACUGUUUCGGAUCACCCUCCUGGGCGCCUGCAGUCCACGGGAUGUCGCACGGAGGGGCGUGUUGCAGCCGGUCGGAGUGAGAUGGUGCUCGGGCUCUGAGGAUUCCGGAAGCUCGGGGAACUAUUUGACGCGCUUCUGGAAUAGAAUGAGAGGAGAGAAGGCAGCAGAGAAGCAAGACAAUGGGUCAGGGAGCGGGCAGGGUGCAUCAAGCGGCACUGCUGGCAAUGGCAUGAUUGUUGUGAAACCACCUGAGGACCGGUUCAGAAAGGUGCUGGCUGUGGAGCUGUCAAGGCGACCUUUGAUGCCUGGGACAGCCAUUCCUGUUGUUGUCAACAACAGAAAGAUGAUCAAAGAGCUUCAAGAACUGAAGAAUGCAAGUGGCCAGGCAUAUGUAGGUGCAUUUCUCAGGCGUCCGGAGGCUGAGCAGCUGCAGCAGCAGGAGAAUGAACCUGGAUCGUCCCUCUGGCUGUCUUCAACAGGUGGUGGAAUGGAAAUUGUGUCACCAAAUUUGAAACGGGAUGCAGCCAGCCACCUUUUCGAAGUUGGUACCUUUGCACAGGUUCAUAUGAUUCUUCCCAACGAAGGCGCUGAUCCUGCACAGCUCCUGCUGCUUGGCCACAAAAGGAUAAGGCGAAUGUCCGUAGUGAACUCAGAUCCCCUGCGUGUCACAGUGCAAACGCUGAAAGACCAACGCCAUGACAACGAUGACGAGAUGAAGGCAACAAUGAUGGAGAUUGUUUCAACCAUGAGGGAUUUGUUCCACAUGCAUCCUCUGUACACGGAGCAGCUGAAGACACUGCACUCGUUUGGCAUCGGAGCAAACCUUAACCACGUGUCGCGUUUGGCCGACAUUGGUGCUGGGAUCACCAGCGCGCAGGAUGUCGUCCUGCAGGAAGUCCUUGAGGAACUGGAUGUACCCAAGAGGGCCCAUGUGGUCUUAAUGCUGUUGAAAAAGGAGAUCGAUCUGGUAAAAUUGCAGCAGCAGAUAGGGAAAAGGGUUGAGGAGAAGAUUUCGAAGGACCAGCGGCGGUACUUCCUGAUGGAGCAGCUUAAAAGCAUAAAGAAGGAGUUGGGUCUUGAGAAAGACGAAAAGAGUGCCCUCAUUCAAAAAUUUCGGGAAAAGUUUUCUAAGUAUGAGGAUGGUGCACCCAAGGAAGCCAAGAGCGUGAUUGAAGAGGAGCUAGAGAAGUUAUCGGCCUUGGAACCUGCUUCCUCCGAAUUUGGUGUCACCAGGAAUUACUUGGAAUGGCUGACUUCUAUCCCAUGGGGCCACUUCAGCAAGGAGAUCUUUGAUGUGGAGCAUGCUAUACAGGUUUUGGAUGAGGAUCAUUAUGGGUUGAGCGAUGUGAAGGACAGGAUAUUGGAAUUCAUGGCUGUUGGCCUCCUGAGGGGAACCACGCAAGGCAAAAUCCUCUGCCUGGUUGGCCCUCCCGGCGUGGGAAAGACUUCCAUUGGGAAAUCGGUGGCCCGAGCCUUAAAACGAGAGUAUUUCCGUUUUUCCGUCGGCGGUCUGAGCGAUGUUGCUGAGAUAAAGGGCCACAGGCGCACAUAUGUCGGUGCAAUGCCAGGAAAGAUGGUUCAGUGCAUGAAGCAAACUGGAACAUCCAACCCAUUGGUCCUAAUUGAUGAGAUUGACAAGCUUGGGAGGGGCUACCAAGGUGAUCCUGCCAGCGCCAUGCUCGAGCUCUUGGACCCUGAGCAGAAUGUGAACUUUUUGGACCACUACUUGGACGUGCCCAUUGACCUGUCCAAAGUGCUUUUCAUGUGUACUGCCAACGUGAUCGAUACCAUCCCUGGGCCGCUGCUUGAUCGAAUGGAAGUCAUCAGGAUCGCGGGGUACCUUGCAUCUGAGAAGAGGUGGAUUGCCAGAAAAUAUUUGGAACCCCAGAUAAAGGAGGCCACUGGAGUACCCGAGGGCAGUGUUGAGAUGCAUGAUGAUGCCACCGACGUGCUCAUCGAGGACUACUGCCGCGAGGCUGGUGUUCGCAAUUUGAGGAACCAGCUGGAGAAGAUCUACAGGAAAGCGGCACUCAAACUGGUUAAGAAAGGCGCCAAGGGGCCCAAGCGUCAGGAGGUGCACUCGCACCAAAAAGGAGCAGGCGACAUGGAAAUGGAGACAUCUGAUGAGGAAGGCGCAGCCAGCACUGCAGCUGAAACUUCAGGCACAUCUCCCAGUGUCGUUGAUGAAGGGCUUAAGUCGGUUCCAGAGACGGAGCCGCCUAAGGAAGCUACUGACAAGGCUUCCUAUGAUGGGGCACCGAUUGUUAUCAGCGCAAAAGACCUUGCAGAUUAUGUUGGGGCCCCGCCCUUCAAGAGCGACAGGCUGUAUGCAACAACGCCUCCAGGCGUGGUCAUGGGACUCGCUUGGACGGCCAUGGGCGGCAGCACACUAUAUGCCGAGUCCGCCGUGGUUGAAAAGGGCGCUGGAAAGGGCUCCGUAACAUGCACAGGCCAAUUAGGGGAAGUCAUGAAAGAAAGCGCAACAAUCGCACGCACGUUUGCAAGGAGCUUCUUGUUUUCAAGGGAUACCGACAGCGACUUCUUCUCCGAUCAUAGCAUUCACGUGCACUUCCCAGAAGGCGCAGUGCCCAAGGACGGACCGAGUGCGGGCGUGACCCUUGUAACCUCUCUUCUGUCCUUGGCCAUGAACAAACCCGUUGCGCCGGACCUUGCGAUGACUGGCGAAGUGACUUUAACUGGGAAGAUUCUCCCAAUCGGCGGCGUGAAGGAAAAGACGAUUGCGGCGCGCCGGAGCAACGUGAAGAGGAUAGUAUUUCCCGAGGGGAAUCAUAGAGACUAUGAAGAACUGGCAGAUGACAUCAAGAGCGGAGUCGAGGCCCAUUUCGUCAGCGAGUACAGCCAAGUUUUUGACUUGGCUUUGGGCCACAGCGCCGAAGAAGCGCGAGCGAAUGGCCCGUCCACCGUGUAG